AUGCCCUACAACACCGCGGACAUCGACCUAGGUCUAGCAGAGUUCUCGACCGUCGUGGAAAUGCGCAACCUUGAAACCUCCCCUUUGCUGUCCCCGAGUUCAUCCUCAUCCCACAGUGCUUCCUCAGAUGUAGAGUCGCCUCCCUUGUUGACCGUCGCCGAGGAGCGGAAGGUCGACAACGAUGUCCUCCCAGAAACGUCGACGACCGGUCGAACCAUCGGUUGGGGCAGUGCCUACGUCCUGGUCAUCUCCAGAGUCAUCGGAAGCGGGAUAUUUGCUAUGCCCGGCACGAUUGUGCAAAACGUCGGGAGUCCGGGACUGGCUCUGGUACUUUGGGUGAUCGGAGCUCUCGUUGCUUGGGCUGGACUAGCCAUUGAUAUGGAAUAUGGAUGUAUGCUUCCUCGGUCAGGCGGCGUCAAGGUCUACUUGGAGUACACCUAUCGCAAACCGCGCUUUCUCGCUUCCACUUUGGUCGCCGUUCAAGCCGUGCUGUUGGGCUUUACGGCCAGCAAUUGCAUCGUGUUUGCAAAAUAUACUCUUUUCGCCGCGGGGGCCACUCCAGGGGAUUUCAACACCAAGUUGCUUGCUGUUGGUCUUCUCACCUGGAUCACGAUUGUCCACAGUUGCUUCUACCGGACAGGAAUCUGGAUUCAAAAUAUGCUCGGGUGGCUUAAAAUCGGUCUUGUCGUGUUCAUGAUCCUUACAGGCUUGUUUGUCGUCAUCUUUCGUCCCGACACGUCGUCACGCCUUUUGGAGGUUCCUUCGGAGGCGGCAUGGGAUGAACUAUUCACGGGCUCGAAUUGGGAGUGGAAUAAUUUGUCAACCGCGUUUUUUAAAGUGCUCUACUCCUAUGCCGGUUUGAGCAAUAUCAACAACGUCCUUAACGAGGUGAAGAACCCCGUGAAGACCAUCAAAACCGUGGGGCCUGCUGCUCUCCUGACUGCUUGCGUCAUGUACGUCCUGAUCAACAUUGCGUACCUUGCAGUCGUCCCGCUGGAGGAGGUCAAGCAGAGCAGAGAGUUGAUCGCUGCGCUCUUUUUCGAGCGUGUCUUUGGGGCUGGGUUUGGAAACAAAUUUCUUCCGCUGGCAAUUGCCCUCAGUGCGGUAGGAAAUGUCAUGGUAGUGACAUUCGCCCUGGCCCGAGUCAAUCAAGAAGUAGCGAGACAAGGGUUUCUACCAUUUGCAGGUAUCCUCGCUUCGUCCAAACCGUUUGGGUCGCCAAUGGGUGGUCUUAUCGUUCAUUACGUGCCAUCGGUGCUGGUUAUCGUCUUGCCGCCUUCAUCUACCGUCUAUUCCUUCAUCGCGGAUGUUGAAGGCUACGCGGGUCAAUUUUUUGCGUUGGCCGUGGCUUCUGGCUUGAUUUACCUACGAGCCCGGAGACCGGACCUUUACCGCCCGUUCAAGGCUUGGAUUCCUGCUGUCUGGCUUAGGAUUUUGCUCUGUCUAUCCUUGAUCACGGCGCCCUUGUUUCCUCCGAAGAAGGGCACGGCAGAUGUGAAUUUCUUUUAUGCAACAUAUGCAUUGGUGGGCUUGGUCAUUUUCGUCUUUGGAAUUGCUUACUGGUUCGUCUGGACCGUGGCCUUACCGCGGUAUAGGGGUUAUCGGCUGGAGGAGGAAGCCGACAUACUCAGCGACGGGACCACCAUCACCAAAUUGGUGCGCAAGGAAAUAUAA